CAGCGCUGCGGCUGCGGCCCAGAGAUUGAUCCAGAAACUAUGGCUACAGCAAUCAGGGAGGUGGGAGUUUGGAGACAGACUAGAACGCUCCUACUGAAGAAUUAUCUAAUUAAAUGCAGAACUAAGAAAAGCAGUGUUCAGGAAAUACUUUUCCCGCUAUUUUUCCUAUUUUGGCUAAUAUUAAUUAGCAUGAUGCAUCCAAAUAAGAAAUACGAAGAAGUGCCUGAUACGGAACUCAGCACUAUGGACAAAUCUAUUCUUUCUAACCUUGUUCUUGGAUACACUCCAGUGACUAAUGUUACACGAGACAUCAUGCAGACGAUUUCUACUGAGCAUCUUCCUGAUGUUUUAGUCACUGAAGAAUAUGCAGACGAGAAAGAACUGGUAGCCGCCAGCCAUUCUAAGCCCAACAACUUCGUAGGGGUAAUUUUCAAAGAUUUCAUGACCUACGAACUUCGUUUUUUCCCUGACUGGCUUCCUGUGUCCUCCAUUUAUAUGGAUUCAAGAGCUGGCUGUUCAAAAUCAUGCGAGGCUGCUCAGUAUUGGUCCUCAGGAUUCACGGUUUUACAAGCUUCUAUAGAUGCUGCCAUUAUACAGUUGAAAACCAAUAUUUCUUACUGGAAGGAAUUGGAGUCAACGAAAGCUAUUAUUAUGGGAGAAACAGCUGUGGUAGAAAUAGAUACCUUUCCUCGAGGAGUAAUUUUAAUAUACCUAGUUAUUGCAUUUUCACCUUUUGGAUAUUUUUUGGCAAUUCAUAUUGUAGCAGAGAAAGAGAAAAAACUAAAAGAGUUUUUAAAGAUAAUGGGACUUCAUGAUACUGCCUUUUGGCUUUCCUGGGUUCUGCUGUAUACAAGUUUGAUUUUUCUUAUGUCCCUUCUUAUGGCAGUCAUUGCAACAGCUUCUUCAUUAUUCCCACAAAGUAGCUGCGCUGUGAUAUUUCUACUUUUUUUCCUGUAUGGAUUGGCAUCUAUAUUUUUUGCUUUAAUGUUGACACCUCUUUUUAAGAAAUCAAAACACGUGGGAAUAGUUGAAUUUUUAGUCACUGUGGCUUUUGGAUUUAUUGGUCUACUGAUAGUCCUCAUGGAAAAUUUCCCAAAAUCAUUAGUGUGGCUCUUCAGUCCCUUUUGUCAGUGUACUUUUCUGAUUGGCAUUGCACAGGUCAUGCAUUUAGAAGAUUUUAAUGAAGGUGCUUUAUUUUCAAAUUUGACUGAUGGACCAUAUCCUCUACUUAUUACUAUUAUUAUGUUAACACUUAACAGUAUAUUUUAUGUCUUGUUGGCUGUCUAUCUUGAUCAAGUCAUUCCAGGGGAGUUUGGCUUACGGAGAUCAUCUUUAUAUUUUCUCAAGCCCUCAUACUGGUCAAAGAGCAAAAGAAAUUAUAAGGAGUUAUCAGAGGGCAAUAUUAACGGGAACAUUAGUUUUAGUGAAAUUGUAGAACCUAUUUCUUCAGAAUUCAUAGGAAAAGAAGCAAUAAGAAUCAGUGGUAUUCAGAAGACAUACAGAAGGAAAGGUGAAAAUGUGGAGGCUUUGAGAAGUUUGUCUUUUGACAUUUAUGAGGGUCAGAUAACUGCCUUACUUGGCCACAGUGGAACAGGAAAGAGUACAUUGAUGAAUAUUCUUUGUGGACUCUGCCCACCUUCUGAUGGAUUUGCAUCUAUCUAUGGACACAGAGUCUCAGAAAUAGAUGAAAUGUUUGAAGCAAGAAAAAUGAUUGGCAUUUGUCCACAGUUAGAUAUACAUUUUGAUGUUUUGACAGUAGAAGAAAAUUUGUCUAUUUUGGCAGCAAUCAAAGGAAUACCAGCCAAUAAUGUAAUACAAGAAGUUCAGAAGGUUCUACUGGACUUAGACAUGCAGGCUAUCAAAGACAAUCAAGCCAAAAAGCUAAGUGGUGGCCAGAAAAGAAAACUGUCCUUAGGAAUUGCAGUGCUUGGGAAUCCAAAGAUACUAUUGCUAGAUGAACCAACAGCUGGGAUGGACCCCUGCUCUCGUCAUAUUGUCUGGAAUCUUCUAAAAUACAGAAAGUCAAACCGGGUGACAGUGUUUAGUACGCAUUUCAUGGAUGAAGCUGACAUUCUUGCUGAUAGAAAAGCCGUCAUAUCACAGGGAAUGUUGAAAUGUGUCGGCUCUUCAAUUUUUCUCAAGAGUAAAUGGGGGAUUGGCUACCGCCUGAGCUUGCACAUUGACAGAUAUUGUGCCACAGAAUCUCUUUCUUCUCUGGUUAAACAACAUAUACCUGGAUCUACUUUAUUACAGCAGAAUGACCAACAAAUUGUAUAUAGUUUACCAUUCAGGGACAUGGACAAAUUUUCAGGUUUAUUUUCUGCUCUAGACAUUCAUUCAAAUUUGGGUGUGAUUUCUUACGGUGUUUCUAUGACAACUUUGGAAGAUGUGUUCUUAAAGCUGGAAGUCGAAGCAGAAAUUGACCAAGCAGACUAUAGCAUUUUUACUCAGAAGUCACAGGAGGAAGAAAUAGAUUCCAAAUCGUUUGAUGAGAUGGAGCAGAGCCUACUUAUUCUUUCGGAGGCCAAGGCCUCCCGGGUGAGCACCAUGAGCCUUUGGAAGCAGCAGGUGUUGACGAUAGCCAAGUUUCACCUCCUUUCCUUGAAGCGGGAAAGCAAAUCGGUGAGAUCAGUGUUGCUUCUGCUUUUAAUAUUUUUUGCAGUUCAAAUUUUUAUGUUUUUGGUACAUCACUCUUUUAAAAAUGCUGUGGUUCCUGUCAAACUUGUUCCAGACUUAUAUUUUCUAAAACCUGAAGAUAAACCUCAUAAAUACAAAACAAGUUUGUUUCUUCAAAAUUCUACUGACUCAGAUAUCAAUGAUCUUAUUAGCUUUUUGACAACCCAGAACAUAAUGGUGACAAUGUUUAAUGACAGUGACUACGUCUCUGCUGGGCCACAUAGUGCAGGCUUCAAUGUGAUGAAUUCAGAGACGGAAUAUGUUUUCACGGCUGUUUUCAACAGUACUAUGGUUUAUUCUUUACCCAUCUUGAUGAAUAUUAUUAGUAAUUACUAUCUUUCUCGUGCAAAUAUAACUGAACGCAUUCAGAUUUGGAAUACCCCAUUCUUUCAGGAAAUCACAGACAUCGUUUUUAGAAUUGAGCUCUACUUUCAAGCAGCUUUGCUUGGAAUCAUCGUUACUGCAAUGCCACCUUACUUUGCCAUGGAAAAUGCAGAGAACCAUAAGAUAAAAGCCUAUACUCAACUAAAACUUUCUGGUCUUUUACCAUCUGCAUAUUGGCUUGGACAAGCUAUUGUUGAUAUUCCUUUAUUUUUCCUUGUUCUUAUUUUGAUGCUAGCAAGUUUGUUUGCAUUUCAUUAUGGAUUAUAUUUUUAUGCUGCGGAUUUCCUUUCUGUGGUGUUUUGCCUAAUUGGUUAUGUUCCAUCAGUUAUUCUGUUUACCUAUAUUACUUCUUUCACUUUUAGAAAAAUCUUAAAUACCAAAGAAUUUUGGUCAUUUAUCUAUUCUGUGACAGCGUUGGUUUGUAUUGCAGUCACCGAAAUUACUUUCUUUUUGGGAUACACAGCUACAACUGUUCUUCAUUCUACGUUUUGUGUAGUCAUUCCAAUCUAUCCACUUCUGGGAUGUCUGAUUUCUUUCAUAAAGAUUUCUUGGAAGAAUAUUCAAAAAACUGAUGACACCAAUGCUUGGGCUAGAAUUGUUGUGGCAGUUAUAGUGCCUUAUAUGCAGUGUGUGCUAUGGAUUUUCAUUUUGCAGUACUAUGAGAAAAAAUACGGAGGCAGGUUGAUAAGAAAGGAUCCCUUUUUCAGGGCGCUGUCCAAAAAAUCCAAAACUAGGAAGUUUCCAGAUCCCCCCAUCAAUGAGGAUGAAGAUGAAGAUGUCAAAGCCGAAAGACUAAAGGUUAAAGAGUUGAUGAGUUGUCAGUGUUGUGAGGAGAAACCUGCUAUUAUGGUCAGCAACUUACAUAAAGAAUAUGAUGACAAGAAAGAUUUUCUUACAAGAAAAGUGAAGAAAGUGGCUACUAAAUACGUCUCUUUCUGUGUGAAAAAAGGAGAGAUCUUGGGACUGUUGGGUCCAAAUGGUGCAGGCAAAAGCACAAUGAUUAACAUUCUGGUUGGUGAUAUCCAGCCAACUUCAGGCCAGGUAUUUCUGGGAGGUUAUUCUUUAGACGCCACUGAUGAUGAUGAUUCCACUAAAUGUAUGGGCUACUGUCCUCAGAUAAACCCUCUGUGGCCAGAUCUCACUUUGCAAGAACAUUUUGAAAUUUAUGGCGCUAUUAAAGGAAUGAGCGCAAGUGACGUGAAGGAAGUCGUAACUCGAAUAACAAAUGCACUAGAUUUAAAAGAACAUUCUCAGAAAAAUAUAAAGAAACUACCUGCAGGAAUCAAGCGAAAGUUGUGUUUUGCCCUAAGUAUGCUGGGAAAUCCUCAAAUUACUCUGCUAGAUGAACCAUCUACAGGUAUGGAUCCUAAAGCCAAACAGCAUAUGUGGCGAGCAAUCCGAACGGCAUUUAAGAACAAAAAACGGGCUGCCAUUUUGACCACUCACUAUAUGGAAGAAGCUGAGGCUGUCUGUGACCGAGUGGCGAUCAUGGUGGCCGGGCACUUACGAUGUAUCGGGACAGUCCAACAUCUGAAAAGUAAAUUUGGAAAAGGCUAUUUUCUGGAAAUUAAAUUAAAGGACUGGAUAGAAAACCUCGAAAUUGACCGUCUUCAAAGAGAAAUUCAGUAUAUUUUCCCAAAUGCAAGCCGUCAGGAAAGUUUUUCUUCUAUUUUGGCUUAUAAGAUUCCUAAAGAAGACGUUCAGUCCCUUUCACAAUCUUUUUCUAAAUUGGAAGAAGCUAAACAUACUUUUGCCAUUGAAGAAUAUAGCUUUUCUCAAGCAACAUUGGAACAGGUUUUUGUAGAGCUCACUAAAGAACAAGAGGAAGAAGAUAAUAGUUGUGGAACUUUCAACAGCACACUCUGGUGGGAAAGAACACAGGAAGACAGAGUAGUAUUUUGAAUUUGUCUGGUGUCAUCUGCUCACUAUAUUUAUUUCUUUUUCACUCGAUUUUGGUUGGGAAAACUUAUUUGAGUGAUCACUGAAGAAACAUGAAAGCAGUUGUUGUUUUUUUUUCUAAUUUUUCUAAUUGAAUAUUGUGGUUGUUUAUUUUGCUUUUCUUUAAAUAAAAUUUCUGUAUAAUUAA